AAAACCUUACCCAGAGCCAGGCAAACACACUCACUCACAUCCUCAGUGGCUUUGUGCAUCCAGGUCUGCCAAGACAACUCCACCCACCCCUCCUCUCUCUGCAAAAAGUGAACAAACUAGCACAGGGAAACGUAAAGAAGACCAAAUCUCAGCUGUGAAACAUUUCAGCAGAUCAGUAAUGGCCUGGAUCAGUAAUAUCUCCUGGUUAAACCACCUUGCUCUACAGGAAGAACGUUUCAGGGGGUACUUAAACAGCACUGAGGAUUACUUAGCCUUCCUAUGUGGGCCCAGACGGAGCCACCUGUUCCUGCCCAUGGCUUUGGUGUACACCCUGAUCUUCAUUGUUGGGGUGGUGGGGAACUUCUUAGUUUGCCUCGUAAUCCUCAAGCACCAGAACAUGAAGACCCCGACCAAUUAUUACCUCUUCAGUCUGGCGGUCUCGGACCUGCUCGUGCUGCUUUUCGGGAUGCCACUGGAAGUCUACGAGAUGUGGAGCAACUACCCCUUCCUGUUCGGGCCCGUCGGCUGCUACCUGAAGACGGCUCUCUUCGAGACGGUGUGCUUUGCCUCCAUCCUCAGCGUGACCACGCUCAGCGUGGAGAGGUACAUCGCCAUCCUCCACCCCUUCCGUGCCAAGCUGAAGAGCACCCGCAGGCGAGCCCUGAGGACCAUCCUGGCGCUCUGGGUCCUCUCUGUCCUCUUUGCCCUCCCCAACACGGGCACCCAUGGCAUCAUGCUGCAGCAUUUCCCCAACGGCACCCUGGUCCCGGGCUCUGCUACCUGCACUGUGGUCAUGCCCUUGUGGAUCUACAACUGUAUUGUCCAGAUUACUUCUCUUCUCUUCUAUGCGCUGCCCAUGGGGGUAAUAAGUGUGCUGUACUAUCUGAUGGGGCUAAGAUUGAAAGGAGAUGAAACUUUGGAAGUAGAGGAAAUGGCUGUGAAUGUUCAGAGACCAUCCAGGAAAUCAGUCACAAAGAUGUUGUUUGUCCUCGUGAUAGUUUUUGCUAUCUGCUGGGCUCCAUUCCAUAUAGAUCGACUUUUCUUCAGCUUUGUUGUGGAAUGGACUGAGCCUUUGGCUAACACAUUCAACUUAAUUCAUGUGGUGUCAGGUGUUUUCUUCUAUCUGAGCUCUGCCACGAACCCCAUCAUUUACAACCUGUUGUCCCAGCGCUUCAGGAUGGCUUUCCUCAGUGUGAUUUCUCCUUGCUGCAAGCACUGGGCCCCUGAACAUCCCACUUGCAAGAUUUCUGCCCAGAAGAGCAUGUUUGUGAUUGAGGGUCACAAUCUCAUGGACUCUGCUGAAUACAUGAGUGCCCCUGGCACACACAGGACAUCUGUCAGCAGUUCUCAGCUCUCCACUGGUCUGUGA